CGCUGCUGCCCCCCGCGCGGGCGCCGCGGCUUCAAUGGCGCCAUCGCCCAGGACCGGCAGCCGGCAAGAUGCGACCGCCCUGCCCAGCAUGUCCUCAACUUUUUGGGCGUUCAUGAUCCUGGCCAGCCUGCUCAUCGCCUACUGCAGUCAGCUGGCCGCCGGCACCUGUGAGAUUGUGACGCUGGACCGCGACAGCAGCCAGCCGCGGAGGACGAUCGCCCGGCAGACGGCCCGCUGUGCCUGCAGAAAGGGGCAGAUCGCAGGCACCACCCGAGCCCGGCCCGCCUGCGUGGACGCGCGGAUCAUUAGGACGAAGCAGUGGUGUGACAUGCUCCCGUGUCUGGAGGGGGAGGGCUGCGACCUGCUGAUCAACCGGUCAGGCUGGACGUGCACGCAGCCCGGCGGGCGGAUAAAGACCACCACGGUCUCCUGACAAACGCAGCCCCAGAGGGGCGCCAGGAGUGGCCCCGGCUCCCUGGAGAGUCCACAGCUCAGCCACAGUCCUCGGCCCGUUGUGGACGCCACCUACCCUCUGCCAUCCGCCCACCCUCCGUUUCUCUAGCCCGUCAAGGACAGCCUGCUUCCUCGGCCGCCCGCGCUGAGUCUGUCCGGCCUCCCCCAGGACUCAGGCCGGGGACACACCGCGGGGCUGCGUUGCCGGGCACCCCUGGAGCCUGGCCUGGCCGCCCUCCCGGCCUGGACUUGGAGAAGGAGGAGGACGAGGAGGACGAGACUGAAGCCCCGCCAGCCCGGGAGUGGAGGACAGCGCCGGGUUCCGGGAGGACUGAGUCUCGGACGCAGACGUGGCCUCUCCUCGAGCCCCAGACUGUCCGAAUCACUUUUAUUUUCUUAUCCUUUCAGUAUAUUCAAUAGACCAAAGAGCAAAAUCUAUUUUCACGUGGACUCGCCCUCACCAUCCGAGUCCCUGGGUUCGACGGGGGGUACACGGGGGCAGAGACGUGCCCGGGCGGCCCCCGCCCCACGAACACUGCGGGCCCCGCCCCCGCCCCGCGCGGCCGGAGGACGCGGCCAGAGGACACGUGGCCCGUGAUGUCCCCACGCGGACCCCGCGGGCACGCCUGCCGGGGACCGCAGCCCGCCGCGCACACCUGCUCCUCUGUACUUAGGUGGACCUUCUCCUACUAAAAUCACUUUCUGUUUUAACCAGUUCGACGCGCCUCUCGCCGCCCCAUUCAGAUAGCGGGACAAUCCAGGAUCCGCAAGAGCAUGUUGGGUCUCCCAUGACUGCUGUCUCAUCCGACCGCCCUUUAGCUCCAGAAAGCAAAUUAAAGAAAGCGAAAGUAACACUUGUUUGAAAGAGAUCAUUAAAUGUAUUUUGCAAAGCCGAAAGUUAUAUAUUUAACAGUUUUUAUAUGUUGUAUAUUUGUAGAAAAUCCUAUUUAACAAUUCAUGUGGUAGCCCCAGGCGUCCCUGAGAGGCGGGCCGGGACAGGAGCCUCCCAAAGGGUCUGGGGUGGGUGUUGGGGACCUGCACCCCCAGACAGAGGGGCGCCCAGCGUGUGGAGGGGGCAGGACUUGGGGGCAGCGGGCUGAGCACCAGGUCUGGGCGGCACAGGCAUGCUGGCCGGUGACACAGAAGGGCCGGUGGCCUUUCUCUUGGUUUGGGUUGGAUGGUCCUGCCCCCUGGGCCUCUGUCCUGGGAGUGUCCAGUCCUUGGAUCACGCCUGUUCCAACCAAUUUUGUUUCCUGUUUUCUUACCCCUCUCACGUUCACAGAUCUGGAGGGCAGUUGGCAGCCGAACUUGUCUUCCCCAUCGGAUGCCCCCUGUGAUCUCAGUCUUCAUGCCAGAAGGCGGAGACUGUGGGGGUCGGGCCGAGCCCGCAUCUCCCAUGUCCCUCCUGCGAGGCGGGGUCGCCAGGCCCCACGGAUAAGGGACAGUUACGUUUACCUUCCCCCGGCCGCCCUGUGCCAGCCCCCUUUAUCUUCCUGAGUUUCAGCUGAAGUAUACUACCUAAGAGUCCAAUUAACAGGAGUGUUAUGCUAGGUCUAUGCUACUAAAAAAAAAAGUUAUAAAAAAUCUAUAUAGAAGUUGUUCCAGCCACCCAUAGACUAAAGAUAGGAGAGAAACUCCAUUUAUUUAAGACCCAUUCCAACGUCCAUGAGUAUUUAGUUACCUUCGGUCACCACAGAUUCAUGGGCACGUGUAUCCUGGGGUGAAAGGGAUGGCUGGCGGUGGCGUUUCCCAUCACAGAGGAGGCGGCCACAGGGUGCUGGCCCCCCAGGCUGGCCCCAGGUUCCUCGACCCAUGGUCACUCCAGGAGUGGGGAGGGAGGCCUGGGGAGGGUCCCCGGCCCAGCGCACCUCUGCCCUGCCUGCCAGCGUCCCCACCACCUCCCCCCUCACCUGUUUCUUUCGACAGUGGGUGUAGACACCUUCUGAGGGCAGAGACUGGGAGUUUGAUAUGUUGCAGCAUUUUCCCCCUUGUUUUACAGUAUUCAGUUUUGUGUUGAUUCAGCUAAAUUAUGAAAAU